AUGAUCUUUUUUAGGUAUGCACUUCAAGUACUGAGUGAAGAAGAAGUAUGUGUAAAUGAACCAUUUCGACCACUUGGUUUAUUCUAUUCAAAAGCUCAUCAACUACAAAAAUUAAAAUAUAUACCUGUUAUUAUCUAUCCAAAUGAUUCUUUACAUCAAGUAAAAACAACCAAAGAGGUAUUUGAAUGGAUUGUGCAACGUGCACAAACAACAGAAUUAUUGUUAAAUGAAAACUUAUCAUAA